AUCUCUUAAUCCGCUGAAAUGUGUAACUUGUUUGUUUUGAGACACGUACAGUUUUGUUGUGAGACAACAAUUUGGACUUGGACUGGACUGAACGAAAGUUUCUCUGAGCGAGGAUUAUACAAGUCCAGGGGUAUGGCAGAGGACUACAGAAACUUCACAGGCAGAAGAGAGUGUUUUGCAGUUCCCCUAGGAAACUAAUUGAAAAUGAAGACUAUACUAAGGAGGAUUACAUAGCAAAAAUACGCAGUGAUGAAGACGUCAAUGUACGAUACUCUCUCGUAGGCAAAGGAGCAUCUGAAGAGCCGUUCAACCUUUUCACAGUGAAUGAAAAGACUGGCUAUGUCAGGAUCCAUGGCAUUCUUGACAGGGAGGAGACACCUUUUUACCACUUGAAGGGAGUGGCCAUGUUUGCAAAUGGGCGCCGUGCACAGAAAGACAUUGACCUGGUGAUAGUAGUUGAAGACCAAAAUGAUUGUCCACCUGUGUUCUCUUUCGAAAUUACUGGGGAAGUCAGUGAAGCAAGUGCAACAGGUACCUAUGUGAUGAAAGUCAACGCCACAGAUGCAGACAAGCCCGGGACGCUUCACUCACAGAUAGCCUACAGUAUUGUUGCUGGGGGCGGUAGCAUGUUCUACAUCAACCAAAAAACAGGAGAGAUCCAUGUCAAACAGCAAACUCUAGACAGAGAGAACCUUGACACUUACACUCUAACAAUCAAAGGAACUGAUAUGAACGGAAGUCCUGGAGGGCUCUCGGGAACUGGAAAAUUUGUUGUCAAGAUUCUGGAUGUAAAUGACAACAUUCCGACCCUGGAAAAUACCUAUUACGAGGCCAAAGUAAUGGAGAACACAUUCAACGUGACGGUGUUGAGGAUCAAAGCACUGGACGCUGAUUUAAUCCACACUGAUAACUGGCUGGCUCUCUUCACCAUUGUGUCUGGAAAUGAAGCAGGAUACUUUAGCAUCACCACAGACAGCAAGACAAACGAGGGCAUUCUGGUGCUGAACAAGGCCUUAAACUACGAGGAACUGAAAGAGCUCAACCUGCUAGUGGCUGUUUCCAACAAAGCAGAGUACCACUCCUCCAUCAUCACCUCCACCACCAAGACCAAGACUUACCCCAUCAAGAUUCAUGUCCAAAAUGAGCGAGAGGGCCCUCGCUUCCAGCCUCUAGUCAAAGUGGUGCGUGUCUCAGAGGAUCACACCACCAUUAACCUAAAAGAGGUCAUCACUACCUACGCGGCCAUUGAUAGUGACACGCUGCUGAUUGCAACCAAUGUCAUAUAUGCCACAGGAGAAGAUAAGCACAACUGGAUAACGAUAGAUCAACACACUGCUGAUUAAUGGGACCUACUAUGCCAAAAUCAUUUGUAUCACAACAGAUAUUCCAAGAAAAACAGCCACAGGAACCAUCGCUAUUCAAGUUGAGGACUUCAAUGACAAUUGAGCGCGUGAAUGACAACACAGCCAUCUUACGACCAAAAGAGAGUCUGUGGCCAGGCAGGCACAAGGUCUUUAUGGUGAUCCAGGACCAGCAGGGAAAAGCCUGUGAUAAUGACCAGGUGUUAAAUCUGGAGGUGUGCAGUUGUACCAAGGACAACAAGUGCCCCCCACGGCUGGAUAGGAUUCCUAGCGCCACCCUGGGACCAGACAGGGAAGUGCAGUUUACUAGUUUCACUGGCAGAGGGCAGCAUGGAGGAUAAUGCAGGCUUAUUGUUAUUUACUUCACCUAUAGAGUGCUCCAGUACUGUGAUGGUCAUUUUAUCUGGAUAAACUAAGAGAAAUCACCAGCAAUCCAUAACUCUAUAUUACUCUAAGUGAGUAUUUUAUUAUCUACAUUUUAUUGUAUGCUGUUGUUUUUGUAAUUUCUCACAGGUAAACACGUUAUUAAAUGUAGGCCUUCAGAUAGCACUGGCCCAUUCAGAGGCUUAGACUGCACUCAAAUAAAAGGAGGUGUAUCAAAAUAAAAAAGAAGUGUGUUGACAUGCCUUUGGUGUUGCAAUCAAAUCAUGACGAUGAUGAUAUCUAUCUGACCUGUACCAAUGCCAGGUAAAAACAAGGAACACACACACAGGUGCCAGUCAGGAAUGAACCAUCAAAGGUGGGGCGAGGGUUGUUCAUCAAACUGAUGCGCUGUCACGGCUUCCAGAUAACUGGGUUGGAGGCCACGUGUGAAAAAUCACAAAGUCAUUUUAAUUUGAUUUAUAUUCGUAUUAUUAGCAGUAGUACUAGUAGUACUAGUGGUAGUAGUAGUACUGUUGUUGUUCCUAUGAUUGUAAAUAAUUUGCUUUAUUAUUUAUCGAUUUAUUUGUAUGAAGAGGGUUGGUGGGAACGUUGUGAUCUCCAGGGUGCAGCAACUUCUUUGGAAAAUACACUCCUAAGGUGUGUUGAGUGAAAAUGUUUUGAGGCAAUUCUCAAGAAACCUACAAACUGGACAUUUUCAAAUUGAGUACAUUUGGUUUUCACGUU